UCAACAAAAUAUUAACGGAAAUCUGUGUGGAUUAUACAUUGAACUCCAAGUCAACGUUGGGAUUGUUACAUCGAUUAUAAUGUGUCGGUGAAUUCAUUUUUGGGGGGAUAAACGGUUCUCUGUGCCUUUUGAUUAUAUCUGUUGCGAACAGUUGUUGCGCUCCCGACGGGAUCCUCGAUCAUUUCCAUGGCGGAGAGAUCAACCAUGUCCGAGCAGGACAAGCAUUUGAUGGAGAAAGAGAUUUGUUCGGAUUCGGAAACUGCUGACUGCGUGGAAGAAGCUUUUGUCUUCGGAGAGGAUCUGGAGCUGAACCGAUUUGAUGGAUUGCCUUUCUCCUCUCGUUAUUAUAAACUACUGCAAGAGAGACAGUCUCUACCUGUUUGGAAAGCUAGAGAGGAAUUUUUGGAUAUCCUGGUGAACAAUCGACUUGUUAUAGUAUCUGGUACAACCAGAACUGGGAAAAGUACACAGAUCCCCCAGUGGUGUGCAGAGUUCUGCCUGUCGGCCCAGUACCAGCACGGCGUGGUUGUGUCUACCCAGAUCCCCCAGUGGUGUGCAGAGUUCUGCCUGUCGGCCCAGUACCAGCACGGUGUGGUUGUGUCUACCCAGAUCCACUCACAGCAGGCGGUGGGCCUGGCCCUCAGGGUGGCCGAUGAGAUGGACGUCAACAUUGGACAUGAAGUGGGCUACACCAUCCCCCUGGAGACCUGCUGUUCUACUGACACUGUGCUCAGGUUCUGUACAGAUGCCCUGCUACUGAGGGAGAUGAUGUCUGACCCCAUGUUGGAGCACUACGGGGCCAUCGUCAUCGACCAGGCUCAUGAGAGAACCGUCAGCACAGACAUACUGCUGGGACUGCUCCAGGACAUCCUGGUCCAUAGACCAGACCUGAGGGUGGUGAUCCUGACUGUGUCCUCCAUGACAGACAGGCUCCUGGCCCACUACGGUAGUAACGUCCCUGUGGUCAGUCUGGAAGCCCUCUGUCCAGCUGAGGUGGUCUACAGUAACUGUAGCAGUAAAGACUACUUCUACUCUGCUCUGAGACUGGUACUGGAGAUCCACCGCACCAAGGAGGAGGGAGAUGUGGUGCUGUUCUUGGCCUCAGCUCAGGAGGUUGUCUGUGCCCGUGCUAUUCUCCAGAGAGAGGGAACCAGACUGGGGGCAGACCUUGGGGAGCUGGUGCCCGUGGUCUUGUGCCCUGGGCAGGGUCGGACACCCUCUCUCCUGGGGGAAGGGACGGGGAGUAGGGGAACCGUUACGACCAGGUGUCGGAGGGUUUUCCUCUCCACAAGCCAGGGAGAGGACAUGUUCUGGGCUGUGGACUCUGUUAACUUUGUCAUCGACGUAGGACUGGAGAAAAGACAUGUGUAUCAUCCCAGGUUAAGGGCCAACUCUGAAGUACUACGAUCCAUCAGCAGAUACCAGGCUGAUAUCAGGAAGCAGCUGACUGGACCAACAGGGAAGUGUUUCUGCCUGUACCCUGAGGAGAGAGUACUCCCCGUAGAGACAUCCCCUCAGAUCCUGGACGCCAACCUCACCUUCACCAUCCUCUUCCUCAAGAGGAUGGAGAUCGCAGGGCUGAGACACUGUGACUUCAUCACCAGACCAGAUCCAGAGGGUCUGAUGCAGUCACUAGAGGAGCUGGAUUACCUCGCGGCAUUGGACGAUGAUGGGAACCUAUCAGAGAUCGGGAUCAUAAUCUCUGAGUUGCCAUUGGACGCUCAGAUGGCCAAGGCUCUGCUGGCGUCCUUUGAGUUUGAUUGUGUGAACGAGGUGGUGACCAUCGCAGCUAUGCUAUCAGCGCCAAGCUGCUUCCUGGAGCCACCUGUUGGCAGGACCCAAGAGGUACAACAGUGUCACAGAAAGUUCCGGCACCCUGAGGGAGACCACUUCACCCUCAUCAACAUCUACAACGCCUUCAAGUACAGCCAGAGAGAGACAUACUUCAGCGUAGAGAAGUGGUGUCAGGACUACCAUCUGAACCACCGCGCCCUUCAGACGGCAGACGCCAUCAGGUCAGAGUUGACUGACAUCCUGAAGAGAAUAGAGCUGCCCAUCUCCGAGACGUCCUUCGGAACCAAGACCAACACACUCAACAUCAAGAGAGCUCUGCUGGCAGGGUUCUUCAUGCAGAUUGCCCGUGAUGUGGAUGGCUCAGGAAACUACUUCAUGUUGACCAACAGACACAUGGCUCAGGUCCACCCUGCCUCCAGCUAUGGGGCCAAGGCACAUCAAUUGGGUUUUCCAGAGUGGGUGCUGUUCCAUGAGUAUACUCUCUCGGGAAACCACGGUAUCCGGACAGUCUCUGAAAUCUCCCCUGCAGUGUUCAUCCAGACGGCUCCUCAGUAUUUCUAUUACAACCUGCCUCCUAGUGAGAGUAAAGACCUACUACAGCACAUUCUGGACCGGGACGGAUCUGGACGUCAAGACAAGCAACAGACCCUGACAAUCAACAGCAAAGCGGAUAAGGACUGCAGUACCGUGGCUCAGUCUUAUGACAGAUGUGUGCUACAGUGACCUCUGGUGGAGAGCUUCAGCACUGCACCAACUUUUACUGAAAAGACAAUCAUCGUUGAUGAGAACAGCGCUCCUCGGAGAACACCCAGACUUUUCACAAUGUUGUUGUAGCCCCGAACUAUGUCACCUGAUUGACUCAGUGAUUAGAUGAAUCAGGUGUGAGCUGUGGAAUAGUUCACAUAUGGAACAGCUGGGGGG